AUGGCGACGCUGACGCGGCUGCUGCUCCAGCUCCACUACUUCACACGGCCUCCUCAUGCCGCCCAUCUCCUCCGCCGCUCGUCGCCGUCCAUGGAUGCGCAGGCCAUGCGGCACCUUCACGUCGCCUCGCUGCGGGCAGCAGGCAACAGCAGCAUCCGGUGGUUCGGACGAUCACAUGCCCAUCCGCCGUCGUCGUCGCCGCCGCCACUGCCCCACAACCGCAUCCACAGGGCGUUAGCGAAUACCUUGGCCUGCACUUCUGCUGCUGCCCUCCUCGCCGGGAGCGGGAACGGGAACGACGACACAUCAGAUGACCAAGAGCUACCACACGACCAUGGAGGUGACAGGGAGAAGAGGCGGUGGACCGAUGUUCUCAUCGCUGUUUGCAUCAUGGUUCAUGGUGUGGAUGUCGCAACAAAAGGAAGGCUUGAUGUGUGGGGAACUAAGGACAACGCCCUAAUCAGAAAAGGGGAAAUAUGGCGUCUGCUCACAUCAUCUUUUCUACACGGGGGUAUUAUCCACAUCGGAUUAAAUAUGUUCUCUUUGGAUGAUAUCGGGCCUAUGGUGGAAGAGGCUAUUGGCCCUGCAAGAUUUCUAGCUAUUUAUUGCACUUCAGCACUGGCAGGUUCACUGAUGAGUUAUUUGUUUACUCCCAAACCCUCUGUUGGUGCCUCCGAUGCAAUAUGUGGAUUGAUUAGCGCGCACGCUGUUUAUAUGUGGAGGCAUCGAGGGCAUUUGGAAAAGGCACAAGAAAAUCUAGAGGAAAUAGCAUUUGUGAUUUUCAUGAACCUGUGCAUUGGCCUCCUCUUACGGCGCAUCAUUGACAACUGGGCUCAUCUAGGAGGCUUGCUUGGGGGAGCGGCCAUGGGAUGGUUUGUCGGACCAAAUUGGAGCGGCGGCCCAGUGUAUGUUGCAGAGGAUGGAGCAAUUGUGUUCCAAGAUAGGGCGCCUCUUGCUCAGCUAAUCAAGGGUACUAGAAGGCUAACCAAAUGGAAUGAUGCAUGUAACGAACAACCUGACACCUAAUUUGCUCCGAUGUGUGCAAAUACCUAUGUAUAUCAGGAAGA